UCCCAUUGGCGGCGGAUUCAAAUGUCCGGGCCGGGGUAGUGGGCCUGUGGCAGGGUCGGCGCGGCCGGGUUGUUGUCGCUGUCCUCGCGGGCGUGAGCUUCAGUGCCGUGCAGGGAGGCCCUCGGAAGCUGGGGCGGCUGGUGCCUGAGGAGGGGAUGGCGCUCUCGACCACAGUCUCCCAGAGGAAGCACAUAAAGCGGAAGGCCCCCCGCGGCUUUCUAAAGCGCGUCUUCAAGCGACAGAAGCCUCACCUUCGUCUAGAGACAAGUGGCGAUUUACUGAUGCAUCUGAACUGUUUACUGUUUGUUCAGCGAUUAGCAGAAGAGUCCAGGACAAAUGCUUGUGAGAAUAAAUGUGGAGUCAUUAAAAGGGAGCAUGUACUGGCUGCAGCAAAGGUAAUUCUAAAGAAGAGCAGAGGUUAGAAGUCGAAGAGCAGAGGUUAGAAGUCAAAGACCACAUUUUUGAAAAUUAUCUGACGUAUUAUUUGGUGGUGACAGAUCGUGAAAGCACUUUUUACAUAUCAGUUAAUAUUGUGUAUUAUUAAAAUAUUGGCUGGUUGAAAGA